GGCUACCAAAUUAACAUCACAACCCAACCAAGUAUCACUAUUACCAAUCUGUCCUCAAUUCAGUAGUCUAGCAUUACCUUGUAUUAACCAGUACUCUGCCUUAACUUAUAGUGAAAGCCUAGCUGUUACUGGCGUAGGACUUGUGGUGGCUGGAUCUCCACACAGCCACUCCCUCCCAUCCCAGCUCACAGGCAGCAACACCAACAACAAAACCACUAAUAUCUUGUCAUAAAACUGUCCUUUUUAGGAAGAUCUACUUAAUAGGCAUCAAUGUUCCUCUUCUCAGAAUAGCAUUAAUUUUAUUUCUCAUCCUCUCAAGAUACCCCUGUUGCAGUGCUUAUAUAAUGUUAUCCAACCUCGCCUCAAAACUAGGCCUCACCUCCAAACCUGCAUCUCAAUCCUUCCUCAAACCACGCGACCCUUCCAAAAACAUGCUCACCAAAGUAGACUACACAUCAAACGACAUUCCCAUCCCCGAUUCUUUCCUCUCUUCUCCGCCUGAAAAACCAAUAACGACUCAUCCCAUCGACUUUGCAAACUCUCCUCUUCCUCAGUACGAUGGCCACACCGCUAUCGUGCUGGACAAUGUCCUCUCACCAGAAGAAUGCAAAGAACUUCUCUCCCUAGCUGAAGCGUCGGUUCCAAGGCCUGAUGAGAGUGCGCCGGCUUGGAAACCUGCUUUGAUAAGCGCUGGUCCUGGAUGGGAGGCUCCGGCACCGGGGUAUAGGGAGAGUGAUAGGAUCAUAUGGAAUCAGCAGACUGUUGUUGAUCGCCUAUGGGAGCGAUGCAUGCUUUCUGAAGGGUUGCGGGAGCUUUUGGCUGUGGUGCCGCCGCAGCCUUAUAUGAAAGGUGGGAAAUGGGUGUUUAGUCGGUUCAAUGAGAGGAUGAGGUUCUUGAAGUAUUCACCAGGACAGUUCUUCAAACCCCACUGUGACGGUCCUUUCUACUAUACUGAAGGCCCAGGCAAAGAGUUUGAGACUUUCUACACUGUUCAUCUUUACCUCAAUGACUCUGUUGAGAAUGAUCCAGCAUCGGAACUUGAAGGUGGUGCAACUUCAUUCCUUGACAGGAAGGGAGAGAAGAGAGUUGACGUAAACCCCAAAACUGGAAGUGUUCUCAUCUUCCAACACAGAGGGCUUUUCCAUGAAGGAGCAACGGUGCAUAAGGGGGUCAAAUACACCAUGAGAACAGACAUUCUCUACGAGUGGGUGCCUGAUAAGGAAACGGAAGAAGCCAACUAAAGGAGGCAAGAAACCUAAGGACCUUCAUCCUGAGUAAUGAAAAGAUUGAAGUGAGUUUAGGAGAUUUAGGAACUUGAUCCUAAGUAACAGAUAUAUUUGUUAAAGUUUAGGAAAACUUGAGACCUGUAUCCUAAGCAAUGGGAAUACUUAGGUAAAUGUAGUAAAUUUAGUACAAGUGAAGAGGGCUUUUGACUAAUUAUUCAUUACUCGGGAUGAAAAUCCUAAGCUUUCAUAAAUGCUACCUAAACUUGUAAAUUAUAUGACCAGAAUGUACCGCCGUAAUAACUAUUAAC